AUGGAGAGGGCGAAUUUGGCGUCUCCAUGGUUCUGGAUGGAAGACAACAUGCACUGGCCUGGCUGUGUGCCCUGGGAUCUGGAUGAGGAGGAUCUAGUGCAAGAUCCUUCGCUCCACCACCGGCAGAAGGCAGUGGUUUCUGAUCUCACUUUCCAGACAGGCAUGUCGAGCCUGAUGGACUUUGGAACUCCAGAUUCUUCACUUGACAAAGUGUUGCUGAGGGAGGAGGUGGCUCAGUUGCAGGAGGAGGUGCACCUCCUCAGGCAGAUGAAGGACAUGUUGAGUAAAGACCUGGAGGACUCGCACGGCGGCUGCUCGGCCGACACACUCUCUGCCGCCGAGCUCAAGGUGCAGCUGGGGGAGAAAGAGCAGGAGCUGGAACGUGCCAAGGAGGCCUUACAAGCUAUGAAGGGCGAUCGGAAGCGAUUGAAGGCAGAAAAGGCUGACCUGGUGAACCAGAUGCAGCAGCUGUACAGCACACUGGAGAGCCGAGAAGAGCAGCUCCGAGACUUCAUCAGAAACUAUGACCAGCACAGAAAGGAGAGUGAGGAUGCGGUAAAGGCUCUGGCUAAAGAGAAGGACAUGCUGGAGAGAGAGAAAUGGGACUUGCGCCGGCAGAGCAAAGAGGCCACAGAACAAGCCAGCGUCCUGUGCUCCCAGAUAGACAUGAAGGAGAACAGAAUCAAAGAGCUGGAGGCAGAGCUCACUAUGGCAAAGCAGUCUCUGGCCACUCUCACUAAAGACGUGCCAAAGCGUCACUCUCUGGCGAUGCCAUCGGAGCCGGUGGUGAACGGCAGUCAGGAGUGGGUGAUGCAAGCAGACCUUCCCCUCACUGCAGCAAUCAGACAGAGUCAACAGACCCUGUACCAUUCGCACCCCGCGGACAGGCAAGCUGCUUUGAGGAUCAGCCCCUGUCACUCCCGCCAGCCCUCCAUCAUCUCUGACGCCUCGGCUGCUGACGGCGACCGCUCAUCCACCCCGAGCGACAUCACCUCCCCCCGCCACAGGACUCACUCCCUCUGCAAUUCCAUGGAGGACCUCGAGGACCAGAAGCGUAAGAAGAAGAAGGAGAAGAUGAGUCUCGGCUCACUUUCUCGAGUGUUUGCCCGGGGAAAAUCGCAACGCAAGUCCUUGGAUCCGGGCCUGUUUGAUGACUCAGACAGCCUCUCCAGCCAGAACCAUCCCAGCCUAUCAGACGGCGAGGAGCAGCUGGAGCGGCUACAGCAGGCGGAGCUUACGCGCAGCAAACCCAUGUCUCUGUGGAAGGCAGUCACUGUGCAGGCCUGGCUGGAGGUUGUCAUGGCAAUGCCCAUGUACAUGCGUGCCUGUUCAGAGAAUGUCAAGAGUGGAAAGGUGUUGCUGGGGUUGACAGAUGAGGAUCUGGAGCUGGGUUUGGGCAUCAACAGCCCAAUGCACCGCAGGAAGCUCCGUCUAGCUAUUGAGGACUACAGAGAAGCAGAGAAUGGACGGGGACUUUCCAAAGCUGCUGAUAUGGAUCAUCACUGGGUGUCUAAGACCUGGCUGGGCGAUGUGGGGCUUCCCCAAUACUCACAGGUCUUCCACAACCAGUUGGUGGAUGGCAGAGUACUGAACUCUAUCACACGGAGAGACCUGGAGACCAUCUUUAACGUCACCAAGUUCCAUGUUACCAGCAUUCUGUCAGCCAUUCAGCUUCUGCAAAUGCUCAACUUUGACAAAGAGAAUAUACAGGCACGUCGUGCUCAGUGUGAAAAUCGAGAUCUGGAUCCGGUGGUCUGGACCAGCCACCGUGUCAUUAAAUGGAUCAGAGACAUUGAUCUUAAGGAGUAUGCUGACAGCCUUCAGAACAGUGGCAUCCACGGUGCAGUGAUGGUUCUAGAUCCGACCUUCAGUGCAGACACCAUGGCCAAGGCUCUAGACAUCCCCAGCAAUAAACACAUGAUCCAUCGUCAUCUAUACGAGGAAAUGAAAGUGCUUCUCAACCCCGCAAGAACUAACCAGGCUCAGGACUACAGGAAAGAGGGGACUCCUACACAUUCUCCUGUCUCAAACUGCCGAAAAACUGAGGAAGAAUUUUCUCCCAGGCAAAAAGUCGGCAAGAGCCCUUUGAGAUUCAAUCCACUGGUCACUGUUGGGAGAGACUUGACUUUUCAAGGCGGCUGUGGAUCACCACCCAGAGAAGAUCGCAUCAAGAUCCUGCAGAGGACCAAGGGCAGUCCCAUGCACGGUUACUCGAGCAUAGAGAUCACUAAUGUCUGAGGGCAACAGUCUGUGUUUGCCUUGGAUGAACUAGGAAGGAUGAGCCUCCCCGAACCUCUAAAUGGACCAAAUAAGCUCAAUUAUUUGUAAAAGAGAUUUGAGAAUUGACCAUUUGCACUUUAAAGAAUUUUGUAUUGGCAACAAAUCACAAAUAAGCACUUAAUUAAAAUUUUAUAGACAUGCUGCAUUAAAAAGCAAAUAUUUUGUUGCUAACAUAAUACAUAGAUGAACUUGUCCUGAUUCCCGUAAAUUCCAGUCACAACUGUAGGUAUGCAGCUAAAAUCAAUACCACAUGUUCAGAUGUCCAUUCCCUACAUCAAGGUCAUCACAACACUGUGCUUGUUUAAAGUUACGGGAAAUGCUGAAAUGAGGAAUAGCGCUGUGAAUUUAUUGUGAAAACACUUUGAAUGCCACAGUAAAGUCUUUUCUUUGUUUUAAUACAUCUGUUGACAUCUGCUAAGAUGUUUGUGUUUUCAAAAUCUGAUUUG